AAACAUAACACAUGCAGGUACCUACCUAGGUAGCACCUGCAAGAUGGUAGAGGUGAACCUCAAAAAAGGCAGUCGACGACAUUGACCUUCUGCGUGACACGCAAGACUGCCAUCUUCUAUGGAGACGGUUGAAUGAACUACCUCGCACUUCAGACGACAGACGCUUGGUAUAGAGCUGGCCCAGCAUCGCCCACUGCUUUCGCCUGGGCAGACAGCUUUCCCCACGGGCCUAACUAUGGUUCUUUGAACAAGCGUCACUCUCACAACAUCGCAAAUCACUUCGUGUCUUCGCCAUGACUAAAAACAUGCAGCUUCGCUGUUACAGCGAGACCAGAUUCGAUCACCGCGUUGCCGAUGGCUUUCCAUUUAGCAACCCCACAGUUGAUCUCUCGGUCAGCUGGGACGCAUCGGGGAAGAAUCUUCUGAUAUACCGGCCUAGGGAGCAGGUCGUAUCCAAGAUCCACCAAUUUGCGAAAACUGGUCAGCAGGCACCAGAACCACAAGCCGUAAGGUGGAAACCGGACGGGCAGUUCCUCGCCGUAGGCUGGAGUGACGGCUAUGUCAGGUUGAUGGGUUUGGAGAACAACAAGGCUGCACAUCAUAUUCGCGUCUGCGGAGACGACACUACACCACCCAGCAUCACUCACAUUGGCUGGUCGCGCAAUAUUGUAGGCAAACGACAAACUCAUUUCCAAGAGACAACUUCCCAGCCAUGGCGCAGGCUCUUGUCGGAAGGGCUGGAGCUGUCUGGGGGGGCCGCUCCGCUGGAUUUUCCUCGAGAACUUACGUUCUUAGAAGUGGACUCCGCGUUGCCCAAGAUCAGCCCUUUGCCUAGCUCGAGUGCUGGAGCAGGUGAAGAUGGCUUGGUGUUCACGUUACGGACGGGUAUAGAGUUUCUGUUCCAGCCCUUUAAGACCGAGGAUAGCGACCAGGUUUUCGUAAUGGUCGUGGGCACGAGCGAUGGCCGCCUUCAUCUCAGCAUAUAUGACUCUUUUGUCAUUGGUGACUUUCGAUACACCCUUCCGAGCUCCAUGUAUAUGCCGGGCGUGCUUCAGCUUGUCCAGCAUGCCUCUCAUCCAGAAGUGUCAACCCACACCCUUCUCCUGAAAUCCUCAGCCGACGACGACCAGGCACUUUACCUCGUCCCCAUGGACCUGCCUUUCAUUCCGUCUUCCCCGAUCAACAUCUCUCUACUAGCGUCAAAGCUCACUACGCUGCAAAAGCUGCUCCGAUACGUGAAGCAGACGCAACUGCAUAUACAAGUGGAGUACAAAAAUACGAGAGAGCUCCCUUCUAGGUUCCUACGCAGUGUCGAGGGAGAUCUAGAGCAGAUGGCUCAUGGUCCGACAAACAUCGUCCAAGCCUUGUUCCACACAGUCGUCACCGGCCACGCAUAUGAACCUGUCCGCGAGUGGCUCGUCGACAAUCUCGCUGAGCGUGGCCACAAAAGAUGGGACAAGGCUGUGGUAUCUGGUCUCGAGAAUAUGCGCGGUCUGGUUCACGAAAACCUGCUGCCCGCAUUGGAGAGAUGCGCCAUCAUUCUCAGCCGCCUUCGCGGGCUGGCCCAAUUUUACGAUUCGCGAGAGGACAUUGGUUUCUCUGUCGCACAAAUCACCCGCACGAUUGAUGUCGUCUCCUGCCUCACACUGGUGGGGCACAGGAUCCUCCUCAACAUCAUGGAAGAGCUCGACCUCUUCAACGCCUUCUCUACCUGGAUACGAUUCCAGAUCGAUCGUCUUGCUGCCCCGAGCUCGGCAGAUGAGGAGCUGACAGAAAAAGAAGCCACCAUGGAGAAUAGCAAAGUCCUUGUGUACGUUCGAAAUUAUCUCAUGGCAAGUCCCAUGGCCGCUUUCCUGGAUGAGGUAACCAAGGAAGACUACUCGGCCAACUGGGAGCGAGCCGAAAGUGGAACAUCGAUGCUUGCAGAACUGGACACACAGCUUGAACGUUGUGAGGAGGGACAGACCUAUUUGAAGGCUUUCCCGAACGUCAGCUUCCUCGUCGAUUAUCUCUCUGCUCGUGCGGGUGGGGUUUUCAAAGAUAUUGCCGAAGCGCAGAAGAGAAGCGUUCGCUUCGGACAGCCAACGAAAAUCGCACUAGGCCGUAAGAUUGCCCUGGUCGACUCAACAAUGUGCUCGGAAACGAGAGAGGGAGAGUGUGAUGGACUUACCUUCACGGCUGUGACUGAAGAGAGCCGCGAUCAAGAUGUCUUCGUCUUCCGCACCUUCAUUCACAUCAUCAAUGGAAUCAGUAGCAACGUAGUAACCACAGUCGCCGCCCUGUCUGUAGACAAUGGCAAGAUUAUCGACUCCAAGUUCCUGGACAGCAACACGUUGAUUCUGCUCGUGAGCAAACAAGAUAAAUCCGUCGAGGUUGUCACGGUUCCCGUUCAGUCCCCGAACAUGAACUACGUUCCCUUGCAAGAGGGCAGCCUACCCGCGGCGACGGCUCUUUCCCAGCAGCUCCAGGGCGAGCACACUACAGCCACGAUCCCCGAGGACACUUCCUUCACGCCAGUGCACUUGGACGUCCAGAAAGCCAGCAGCGCGCGAGGCGAUGUUCCCGCCCGCGUGUGCCUCCUCGGCGCCAACCGGACCGCCUAUAAGGUCUUCAGCCUCGGGGCCGGUCCUGACGACACGCGACAGCCAUCGCCGGCGGCCGCCGCAGUGACGCGGAGCGGUUAGAAGUCGCCCGUGCCCCUGUCGCCGGGUAACAUGUUCAGGGUGCCGCCGAAGCGCUUCACGCCGCGAAGCAGGAAACGUAUGGGCGUGCUGGAGUUUCAAGGGCUGGACGGUGGGACGCUGGACGAGUUUUUCCACAGGCUUCAGGCACAUACGCCUAUUAGGCAAGAGCGGGGGUAGUUAAGCCAGUCAGGCGUGAACAGAUGGUUGGAAUCAGAGACGAAUUCGGGAAAGAGAAAAGAAAAGAGACUUUGGUAUUCUUCC